AUUUUACUGGCUCUGACGCAACUUCCGCUCUCGGCUCCUCCUUUGUCUGAGUCCUCUCGGUCCUCCGCCUAGUUAUUUAUUUAUUUCCUUUUCGUUUGUGGGGUAUAUUUUUAUAUAUCCUUAUCUCUCGGUUAUUGAAUGACAUUCGAUUCCGACACAUAUAUGCCUAAAAGCAAAGCCCCCAAAAUGGAUGAUCUGGACUACAUCCCGGCGGACCUGAGCCCAGAGGAGCGCUCCGAGCUGGAGGAGAUCCGCCGCAGGAAAGGAGCGCUGCUUCUGGAGAUCCAGCGGCUGAAAGAGGAGCUGAGAGAAGCCAUUAUAGAGGUGGAGGGGCUGGAGAGCAGCACGGAGGGCAGUAAAACAUUACAGAAGAGUCGUCAUGUGGCCAUGGGCAGGAAGAAAUUCAACAUGGACCCGAAAAAGGGCAUUGUGUUCCUGGUGGAGAAUGAGCUUCUCAGACACACUCCAGAGGACAUUGCCCAGUUUCUGUACAAAGGAGAAGGACUCAAUAAAACUGCAAUAGGAGACUAUCUGGGUGAAAGAGAUGACUUUAAUAUUAAAGUAUUGCAAGCUUUUGUUGAUCUUCAUGAAUUCACGGAUCUGAACUUGGUACAAGCACUUCGACAGUUCCUGUGGAGCUUCCGCCUGCCCGGCGAGGCUCAGAAGAUCGACAGGAUGAUGGAGGCUUUUGCACAGAGAUACUGUCACUGCAAUCCUGGAGUCUUCCAGAGCACAGACACCUGUUACGUGCUGUCGUUUUCCAUCAUCAUGUUGAACACCAGUCUGCACAACCCCAACGUGCGGGACAAGCCCACGGUGGAGCGCUUCAUCAGCAUGAACAGAGGCAUCAACGACGGAGGAGAUCUACCCGAGGAGCUGCUCAGAAAUCUGUAUGACAGCAUCAAGAACGAGCCCUUCAAGAUCCCAGAGGAUGAUGGGAAUGACCUGACGCACACUUUCUUCAACCCGGACCGAGAAGGCUGGCUCCUCAAACUGGGAGGUCGUGUGAAGACAUGGAAGAGACGGUGGUUCAUUCUGACUGACAACUGCCUCUAUUACUUUGAGUACACAACCGAUAAGGAGCCCAGAGGCAUCAUACCACUGGAGAACCUGAGCAUUCGGGAGGUGGAAGAUCCCAGAAAGCCAAACUGUUUUGAGCUCUACAUCCCUAAUAACCGCGGGCAGCUGAUUAAAGCAUGUAAGACGGAGGCCGACGGUCGAGUGGUGGAGGGAAACCACAUGGUGUACCGGAUCUCAGCUCCCACCCCGGAGGAGAAGGACGAGUGGAUCCACAGCAUCAAAUCCGCUGUGAGCGUGGACCCCUUCUACGAGAUGCUCGCGGCCAGGAAGAAACGCAUUUCCCUAAAGAAGAAAGAAGAGCAGCCCUGAAAGUCUUCUGUUCCCCCUCAAUCCAUCCAUCCAUACGCUCCCUCCGUUCUCUGGGACACCAGUGAUCCUUCAUUAAGUUAGCUCUCGUCCUCUCGUCAGAUCAGUCUGUUAUUCUGGUGCAUGGAGAGAUGGAUGUCGUUGGGAAACCCGAACGUCAUUACCCCGGGUUUGGAUUUCGGCGGUCUGGACUGCAUCGUUUAUUUCCACACUUCUCCUACACUUGCACACUACACAGUGUUAUUCACUAUCGCACUAGUCUGUACAGAUGCUCACUGUAUUAUGCAGGACUUCACUGACAUUCAUAAACCUGCACAAAUCUCCAUCCUCAUCUCACGCUCCCUCCGCUCUCACAGUUCCAGUUCCUGCUAUUUACAGCAUUUUACUGUGAAGUUCUCACACAAGCAGGGUAGACGACCAAACAGCCUGAUGCAUUCGUCAUCAUCAUCAGGGACGGAUCCAACGCUGUUGAUUCACUGAGUCUAUUCUGCUGCCUGUCUUAACGGUAUUUUAUCUGAACUGACACUAUUUAUCUCAGACUCAUUUGAGUUUAUUUACAUGUCGUAAAUGAAGAUGUAAAUGAAGGUCAUUGCUAUUCACGCCACAUAUCGAGCAUCACUUCCAGCAUAUCUAUGAAACAGGAUAUGCGUUUUACACUAAUGUUGGUAUCGGCCACCGGUGAUGUCAUUUCCUGUGCACAGUUGCGUUGAUCUUCACUGACCCAUCAGAGCAUCUGUAGAAAUGCACAUCAUUAUAUGUGAAUCCUUGAAUAAGCUCCUUCACUUUAAGAAAAGAGCCUUAAAAGUCCCGCAGCCCUGAAUGUUCGUACACUAGUGUUUCGGCUAAACUGUACUAGGUUUAAACUCAACCACACCGGCGGCAGAACCGUUCCUGGGGGAAUCUCGCCAAAACAUGUCCAGAUUAUACCGCACACUAAGAUAUCUGGUUCUGUGUCAUAAAAAUGCUGAUUUUCAAGAUUUUUAUUUAUUAUUAUUAUUUGGCAUUGUUUCCAUAACCAAGCACAUCUCGUCCUCGAUGCAUGCAGGCGUUUAGUGGGAUGAAAUCUCAUUUCUUAUUUCUCUGAAAUUUGAAAUGAAAUUUGACUCCUGAUCUUGACAGAUUUGGUGAGAUUCGCUCUCUUACUCUUUCCUGACACAAGCAAAAUAAAAAAUUUAAAAAGAUGUUAUUAAAAGACUGAUUAUGGUAAUCUGCAGAAAAUGUACUCACCCACAGUCUAUUCAAGAUGUUUCUUCAUCAGUUUUGGAGAAAUGUAGCAUUGCAUCACUUACUCACCACAGUGGAUGCUCUGCAGUGAAUGGGUGCCGUCAGAAUGAGAGUCCGAACAGCUGAUGAAAACACCACAGUGAUUCAGAAAUGCCUCGUAGAUGGAUUUGUUUAACUUCAAGCUGUUGAAAAUAUGAGUCCAGAAUGCAUAAUAACGCUUCCUCCAGUGAAUCAGGUCUGAAUCAAGCCGAAACCGUUCUAAACAAAUAUGUGGCUGGAUUUUAAUGUGGACCUUUUCACUGGAGGAAGUGUUAUGGAUUAUUGACUUGUUAAAUUAGUUAAAAACGUCUUAAUGCUGGAUUUGUUUCAGCUUUUGUUGUGAACUGAUGGACUGGAGUGCUGUGGAUUAAUUGUGGAUGAUGUUUUCAUCAGCUGUUUGGACUCUCAUUCUGACGGCACCCAUUCACUGCAGAGCAUCCAGUGAGGUGAGUAAGUGAUGCAAUGCUACAUUUCUCCAAAUCUGUUCCCAUCGAGCCUGAGAGUAAGUGCAUUUUCAGCGAAUGUUCAUUUUUGGGUGAGCUAUUCCAAUUUGAAGUCCUGUCUUUCAGAAAGUGUGUUUGCUCUGGCAGAGAACGACGUGUCUGCUGCUUUAUCCCCAUGAAAAACAUCCCCGAUCCUAAGAUAUGUGCCAGCCGACGCUUGUGUGAAACACUAGACACUCCUCUUACAGUGCUGUUCGGUUUGAAGGAGUCCAUGGCAGCUUUUUCCAAUGUACUUUAUAUUUUGCCUUUUCUGUCUGUAAAUACAUGUUGUUAUGUUUGUUUACAACACACAUUGAUAUUGUUGAAAAGCAUUUUUUAUUUAUUGUUUUUCAGUUUUCCUUCUAUGUGAGAACUAAGGAUGGGGGUUGCAUGUUGUACUGAAGCGUCUUCUGUAAAGGGUGAAUCUGACGCCAGUGUUUCGGGCGACUAUUAGCGCUCUGUAUUUCUAGACUGGUCAAAGAAUUGGCAUCGCUGUUAAAACAGGCUACAGAUUACAAGCGGUAACAAAAUCAGAAAUGAAAUAUCCAUAAAGCUCUUUAAAACGACUGAUCAUACAGAACACUAAUAGCGUCUGGAGUCUAACAUCAUUACCGCUCUAUUUAAAUAUACUAAUUAUGAAACGGUUAAUACUGAGAGUUGUUUAGCAGUGCAUAUUGCUCGACUUUUGUGAUUUUUUUUCCCAAUUAAUAUAAAGCUUGGCUGUAGUAAUUGAGACAUAUUUAAUAGUUUGGGGUUAGAAUCCAUGUUUAUAUGGCACUUUACUAGAGUUCAGCACAAACCACAGCUUGUUUUUCUCUCUUCGAGUGUGUAUGUAACUAGUACUGCAGUCCUUAACCGGUUUAAGCUUCGCUGCACAUGUAUAGGAUGCCAGUAUACAGCAUCCGUACCGAAUCGUUUGAAGUGAAUCUGCUUCACGUACUGUGUGCGAAGCCACGGCCCGGCCGUAUGUGACUGAGAGACUCCAAGUGUUAAAUAGCAUACAUUCCUUGAUAUAUAAGCUAUGCGUUUAAACUCAUAUUUCGGGCAUGACGUGGUCUGAUGAAGACGCUAGAAUGACUUGAAUAUGUUUUGGAGACUUUGGAGAAAUCUGGGCAUUCUUGAUGAGAAGUGCAAAGGUGCCAAAGCCUUUCAGCUAGUCUGUGAAUACAGCAGGACAAGUGAAAGCAUUUCCUCUCCCUCCUCUUUGUUUUCUCUCCCGGCUUCUGAUUGGCCACAGAAUGGUACAGAUUGUUAGAAAAAUCAUGUAGCAAAAGGAAAACUCAGUUAUGGUACACUGGUGCCAAUCAACUCUAAUAAACAAAAUGGAUAAAAA